AUCGCUUGGGUAGGUUUCCAGGGAAGGCAGAGAGCAGGAUCCCCUACUUCGCGCGCGGCGCGAGGCGUCUGGCUCUUCGCGGCGGCUGCGAGGGCAGAAGGAGCGCGGGGACUGGGGGGAAUCGAGGAGUGAGGAAAAAGGGAAGGGGCGGGGGAGAGGGACUAGGGAAGGCGUCGGGGGGAAUCUCGCGAGGGUUGGAGUUUUGGCGAGAGUUUGUGGAAGAUGGCGCCUGUUGUGACAGGUCAUUGAAAUUAUGAGACUAUCAUUCAAAUGGAAGCAUUAUAGUUCUUCGGAACCAUUAUGAUCUCAACAGGAAAGGAGAAUGAUACAGAUACUGGCUGAGGUGUUUUGAGGUGCAUCGAAGUGUUCCAAGCUGUGACUUACCUUAACAUGUUCUUGAAGUACCAUGGCGUGGAUUAAAAGAAAAUUUGGUGAGCGACCUCCACCUAAACGGCUCACUAGGGAAGCUAUGCGGAAUUAUUUAAAAGAGCGAGGGGAUCAAACAGUACUUAUUCUUCAUGCAAAAGUUGCUCAGAAGUCAUAUGGAAAUGAAAAAAGGUUUUUUUGCCCUCCUCCUUGUGUGUAUCUUAUGGGCAGUGGAUGGAAGAAAAAAAAAGAACAAAUGGAGCGUGAUGGUUGUUCCGAACAAGAGUCUCAACCAUGUGCAUUUAUUGGAAUAGGAAAUAGUGACCAAGAAAUGCAGCAGCUGAACUUGGAAGGAAAGAACUAUUGCACGGCCAAAACAUUGUACAUAUCUGAUUCCGACAAGAGAAAGCACUUCAUGUUGUCUGUGAAGAUGUUCUAUGGCAACAGUGAUGACAUCGGUGUGUUCCUCAGCAAGCGGAUAAAAGUCAUCUCCAAACCUUCCAAAAAGAAGCAGUCGUUGAAAAAUGCUGACUUAUGCAUUGCCUCUGGAACAAAGGUGGCUCUGUUUAAUCGACUUCGAUCCCAGACAGUUAGCACCAGGUACUUACAUGUCGAAGGAGGUAAUUUCCAUGCCAGUUCUCAGCAGUGGGGAGCAUUUUACAUUCAUCUCUUGGAUGAUGAUGAAUCAGAAGGAGAAGAAUUCACGGUUCGUGAUGGCUAUAUCCAUUAUGGACAAACGGUCAAACUUGUAUGUUCGGUUACUGGCAUGGCACUCCCGAGACUGAUAAUUAGGAAAGUUGAUAAGCAGACCGCAUUACUGGAUGCAGAUGAUCCUGUGUCACAACUCCAUAAAUGUGCAUUUUACCUUAAGGAUACAGAAAGAAUGUACUUGUGCCUUUCACAAGAAAGAAUAAUUCAGUUUCAGGCCACUCCAUGCCCAAAAGAACCAAAUAAAGAGAUGAUAAAUGAUGGAGCUUCCUGGACAAUCAUUAGUACGGAUAAGGCAGAGUAUACCUUUUAUGAGGGGAUGGGCCCUGUCCUUGCCCCUGUCACACCUGUGCCUGUCGUAGAAAGUCUUCAGUUGAAUGGCGGUGGGGACGUAGCAAUGCUUGAACUUACAGGACAGAAUUUCACUCCAAAUUUACGAGUGUGGUUUGGGGAUGUAGAAGCGGAAACUAUGUACAGAUGUGGAGAGAGUAUGCUCUGUGUUGUCCCAGACAUUUCUGCAUUCCGAGAAGGUUGGAGAUGGGUCCGGCAGCCAGUUCAGGUUCCAGUAACUUUGGUCCGAAAUGAUGGAAUCAUUUAUUCCACCAGCCUUACCUUUACCUACACACCAGAACCGGGGCCACGGCCACACUGCAGUGCAGCAGGAGCAAUCCUUCGAGCCAACUCAAGCCAAGUGCCCCCCAAUGAAUCAAACACAAACAGCGAGGGGAGCUACACAAAUGUCAGCACAAAUUCAACCAAUGUCACAUCUACAGCAACAGUGGUGUCCUAACUACCGUCUCACUGCUAGGACUUAAACUGACUUGAAUGCAGCAAAAUGUUGACAAAAAAAGAAAAAGUGAACAAUCUUUUGUGGUUUCUUGGGAAAACUUUUCAUACCAGGUGAUAUUAUUCAAAAACCCCAUUACCUGCAAGUGCUGAUUUGAAGUACAGAAGCCACAGUAAAACAAAACAAACAAACAAACAAACAUCAAAAUGUACAAACUAUUGGAAAUUGAUUUUUUUCAGCUGUUAUUUUCGGUUGGUUGGUUUUUGUUUGGUUUUGUUUAAAUGGGCAAGAAAUAGAGAUGUGGCUGGAAUAAAAGUUAAUCAAACUAGAAGACACAAAUCUAACAUAGUUUUUACGGACCAAGAAACUUGUAUAAGCUUUAGUAAAAGGUACAUUUUCACCAGGCCUUUUUUGUAUCACCGUAUAUAGUACACCUUUGUUAUCAAAUAAGUUGUUUUCUCCCUGCCUCUCUUCGAGCUUCUGCUCUUAAAUACUUUCAGGCUCCAAGCCAGACCAUGCUUGUUUAAUCUAAAUACCAUACUCUUCCAGGUUCUUUUGGUCUAAGGCUGGAACUGUUUUUAUUUUUUUUUUUUUUUUAAGCUGAAGUCUUAGGACUUUUCAUGAGUUGAAAUUUUUUUGAUUUCAGCAAGUCAAAUCUUGUAAAGGCCUGCAUAUUUUUUUUAAGAUUAUAUGAAGUCUGUGCAAAAGCUUUAAAAAAUGCCUCUGCCUUGCCUGCAAUACAUGCAGUAUGUACGUUAACUUAGUCUCUGUUCUCAGACACUUGGCAGUUCUUUUUUCUUCUUCUUUUUUUUUUUUUUUUUUUAUGUAUUUAUAGUGGCGAUCCAAUCAGUUCUAACAUUUACAUGGAAUUAAAUGUGGCCAUUUAGUCAUUAAUGAGUUAAUGGCACAGAACAUAUUGUUGUUUGAAGUGUUUGCUCCCUUUCCCCGUGCUUAAGUGUAUCUACAUGUUCCAGGAUUUGUUCAGGUUUUUUUCCCCCUCCUAAUCUUGUACAUAACUUGUAUUAUGUGUAAGUUAAACAUUUUUAUUUUUAACUUGUAAUGUUCCCAGUGAUUUCAUUCAGUAGGGUGUUUUCUGCCUUGUUGGCAUAUGACAAUAAGAUCAUAGAAGUAUUUGCUACCAAUUGGUAGAUGGUGCCCUUAUUGUAUAAUGAGGAAAAUCUCAGCAAAAGCAUGUUUUUGUUUACUUUUUUUUUUGGUAGCCUAGGCCAAGACAUCAUUAUAACUUUAAAACAAGAUGCUCUUAUUAGAUGGUCAACUAAAAUAGCUGGAAGACAGUACUUUAGAAACAGAUAGUUGUGAGAUUAUAAAAAUGCAAAUGUAACUAACUUAUCUUUUCAUUUCCCUGCCCCCCUUUUUUUGUCUUCUCUUCCCCAUUAUUGAGUGUCUCCAUAAAUGUCUGCUACUCAGAAAACAUUUGUUUUCAUUCAGUUAGAUUUGGUUGCAUUCAGGGUUGUGUGUGGGUCUUGCAUGCUAAGCUCACGAGUUUUACGUCGCCUCCAUUCCUGCACUUUGGUUAUGCCUUUCUUUGUUCAGUUUCUUAGAAAUUACAGCAGAUUCCUUGAGCUACAUUUAGUACAAGAACCACAUGUGUAAUGUUACAGGACACAGUGGAGUAACAGUCGUCCUUCUCAGAGUAAAAACUACCUCUAGAUCGUGGUAAGCUUUUACUGUCCCAUAAAACAGGAGCCACAAGUACCUUACGAAUGCAAAAGUUUCCCGUCCUGCGGUGUUUCCAUACAGAACAUUGUCUGUCUUGUGUCCCGUGCUAUUUUGAAAGUUUCCAUUGGUGGACUUUUAAACAUCAUCAUUGGUAGCAUUUUUUUUUCAGCUUUGCUAUCUCAUCACUCAUUUUUUUGCUCAGACUAUACCAUUGUAAAUACACUUCCUAACAUCUUUAAAUCACUUUUUCCUCAGUUUCCAAGGGGAAAGUCAUUUGUAAAACUAACACGUUUGUGGUUAAAUUGAAGUUAUUGUGGUUUUCUCUUACUGCAAGCCUUUUUAAUUACUCGCAGGCUGCACUAUACUGUACAGAGCCUUCUCUCUCCAAAUCUGCUCCAGUCACUAGCUUCUCUGGUAAGCUAAUCCUGCCUCACACUUAACCUGUUUCAGUGAUCUAGGGCAGAAUUCAUUGUGGCCUUAUCUUUUCUUUGUUUCAACUGUUUACUGGCUUUUUCUUACAAACUUGCUUACUUCUGAGUAGUAUUUAUUCUCCUCUCUGUUGAGUCGUGCAAGCAGCCUUUACACAGUGCUUUUUGUUCAGUGUGGAAAUGUUUUCAGUGCUGCUGUAUUUUUAAUGGGCCACAAGUUUCCUCCACUUCCGAGGCUUGGUAUUUAGUUACAAAAUUAUAUUAAAUUAAUUGAUAACAGAUGAGAUGCUUUCGAGGAACAAACUAUUCUUCACCCAGUUUUGCAGCACAAAAUAAUUUUUCAAGUUUAUGGCUUUGUUAAAAUGAACUUUUGCUUUUUUACUGUUUAAAUAUAUCGUAUUUGGGCUCUUUAUUUCUUUUAGUAAUUGAGAUAUUAGACUAUAAACUCUUUUCCUGUUUGUUUUUCUGAAAAGUCCAAGAAUGUACUUAUAUAGGCAUUUUCUCCAGCUAUUUUUUGCCAUCUGCGUACCACAAACUAAAGACUGAAAUGCUGUCUGUUGUCACUUAUUGUUUUAUCAGUUUUGUCAGCUGCUUUAAAAAAAAAUCUUUUUCAUGAAUCUAUAAGUCAUCUUCAGCCUAUAAUUUAUAGGAGCCUUGUCCUCCGGUUAUAGUAGAGGACAGCCCUCCCCCAGUGGGAGUGUUUUUUAGAGAUGCUGGUCAUUUUCCCUCCUAAACUCUCUUAGAAUGAUAACUAUUUCAGUUCAAGUACAGUGCAUUUGAGGUGUUUUUUCUUUUUUUAAGUUCUGUUUUAGAAAUAUAUCUUAAUGCUCUAAAGAUUCUAUGCAAUUUCUAAAAAUAUGCAUAGAAGCUGAGUCUGUGAUGAUUUUUAGUUGCAUUGAAUGCAUUGAAUUGGUCACAUAGAUUGGAAAGGCAAGCUAAAGGCUUUAAAUGUAAAAUGCCCUUUUUACUUUGAAUGGCUUCAGAAUUGAACACUAGUAUAAUAUUUAACCUGCUGCUGACUUUUCUUAAACUGUGGCAACUUAAAGGCAUCCUCAUAUAUAUAUAUUGAUUAGUGAAAUGUUUGUCACUCUUACUGCACAGACUUAUUUACAAUCGUAAGUGGUUAGUUUUUUGGGGUUUUUUUUUUUCUUUCUGUUUUUCUAGGGAAACUGGUACCAUCUGUGCCCUCACAAAUUUUCCAAUGCAGUUUUUUAGAACUAAACUAAGUAGUCCUGUUUAACCAGAUAAUCCUUGGGGUGGGGGUGGAGUUCCGUUUUGAAACAAAAUGCUAUUCAAUUAUUAACCAAGUUACUUACUUUUGAUUUCAAAAGCAGCUGUUUCUGAUGAGUACUGAACAAAUGUGUGUAAUUUUCUGUGCCAGACUUUUGACUUUGUUUUCAAGCACUGUAAUGUGGGAUGGAUGGUUAGAAACGAUAAUAUAUUAGGGUUUCUAUUUAACCCUUUCAGGACUGAACUGUAUCUCCUUUUGUUAAUUUUUCCCUGUGUUGUGAUAAAUGUUUGCCAACAUUCAGUACUGUGUUGGUCCAGAUGUAGGUUAAUAUGCUCAUUUUUAGCUUAUUUCUUGUACCUUGCAGCAUGCUCUACACAUUCAGUCCUUAAGGGGUUUAUUUUACAGACUGUGCGCCUGUAAGGUUUGUUAGCAAUAAGAUAGAAAAUUGAGCAAGUUUAUACCAUAUUUUGUAGAAAAAAAUGAAUCUGCUCAGUUCCAUAUUUCAUCCGUGAGAAACCUGCAGUAGGGGCAGUUUCAAGGAAUAAAUAAAAAGGAAAUGCAAACCAUU